AUGGCAUCUCAAGCAGAAUUGCAACAAUUCUAUAUCGGCAAGGAUAUACAAGAUGUACCCAAACCUGCAGUAAUCCUGGACGUAGCAAUCAUCCGCCGCCACUGCGAAGCCAUGCAGCAGACAGUAAAAGCCCUGAACGUCGGCUUCAGAGCACACGUCAAAACCCACAAGACCCCCGAAAUCGCCGCUCUCCAAAUAAACAACGCCCCAACAGCAAACUUCAUAGCCUCCACGCCGCUGGAAAUCGAAACCAUGAUCCCACUCAUGCAAACCCUCCAAAAAACAAAAGAAACGAAUAUCCUCUACGGCAUCCCCCUAAUCCCCUCUCAAAUCCCCCGUCUAGCAAGAAUAACAAAAGAACUAUCCAAAAACAAAGGCCAAGCAACCCUCUCCCUAAUGAUCGACCACCCAGACCAGCUGUCCUCCCUGGAGAUCCUGGCCAAGGAAACCGCCAGCCCAGUCCGCAUCUUCGUCAAGGUUGACACGGGGUAUCACCGGGCCGGACUGCCGCCCUCAUCGCUGAACAAGAACGGCCUCCUCGAGAAGAUUGUCCAGGGCGAGGAACGCGGGGUCGUGCAUUUGCUCGGUCUGUACUCGCAUAAUAGUCUCAGCUACAAUGGCUCCUCGCCGCAGGAAGCGAUGAGGGCGUUGAGCACGGAGAUCCGGGGGUUGAGGGACGCGCUGGCUGGGAAUGCGCUUCUGUUUCCGCAGUUGGAGAAGAGGAAGCUGGUGCUGAGUGUUGGGGCGACGCCGCAGGUUGUUUCGUCGCAGAAUUUGAUCUUGGGGGGUGAUUCUUGUGAAGAGGCUGUUGAAUUGAGAGGGUUGCUUGGUGGGGAUGAUGUUUCUGUGGAGCUUCAUGCCGGUGUUUAUCCUAUUUUGGAUAUGCAGCAGGUGUGCACGAAUGCUGUUUUGGGGAGACGCGGUGUGGAGCGUGAUGUUGCGCUUUCGGUUCUUGCUGAGGUUUGUUCUGUUUAUAAUGAUGACGAGAGAGAGACUGCUGAGGUGCUGGUUGCUGCUGGCACUCUGGCGUUGGGUCGGGAGCCUUGUGCUGGGUAUGAAGGGUGGGGGGUUGUUUCUUCUUGGAGGAGAGAUGGGGGUGAUGGGGAUGCGAAUGAGAGGUUGAUUGUGAAGAGGAUCAGCCAGGAGCAUGCUAUUGUUGGCUGGGAGGGUGGCUCGGGGAAGAAAAAGAUUCCGCUGAGGGUUGGGCAGGUUGUUAAGAUCUUUCCUAAUCAUGCUUGUGUUACGGGGGCUUACUAUGGGUGGUAUCUUGUUGUUGAUUCUGAUUUGGAUGGGCAGGCUGCGAAGGUUGUUGAUGUCUGGGUUAGGGCUAGGGGGUGUGCGAUUACUGAUCCGUUGUUAGACCCUAGGAGUAUUUGA